AAAUAUCUCGCCCAUCGCCCAGCGUGGAAUCGACAUAGCACUCAGUAUGGCGAAUAUCGUGAUCUUUGGAGAAACAGGAGCGGGCAAAAGCUCCGUCAUCAACCUGAUGGCUAGGCGACAGAUUGCGCACACAUCGCUCGACUCUCACCGCUGUACCCUGCAUUGGACGGAGUAUACAAUACCCUUCCAAAAUGGGACUCGAUACAAGGUGUUUGAUACAGUCGGUCUCGAGGAGCCCCGUCUACAAACCGGAGACUACCUCACUGCAAUUUCAAACGCAUAUAGCCUCAUCAACAUUUUGAAAGAACGUGGCGGUGUUAACCUCUUGCUCUUCUGUGUCCGCGGAGGUAGAGUGACGGCAACCAUGCAGAGCAACUAUAGGUUGUUCUUUGAAUUUCUCUGCGAGGAAAAAGUCCCGCUCGCGCUAGUCGUCACAAAUCUCGAAAGAGAGGCAAACAUGGAAGAUUGGUACACGCGGAAUGUGGGCCACUUGGAGAAAUACGGCAUUAGAUCCCUGGGACAUGCAUGCAUAACUGCGGCGAAUCUACUCGACGGGAGGCAUAGAGACAAGUAUGAGGAGUCGCGCGGCAUACUCUAUGAAGUGAUUGAGGCUCAUUGCAACGAUUCUGUGGAAGGGUGGACCGGCGGGCAAGGAUGGCUUGCUUCAUCCAUCAUUAAACUUGUGGAAUAUGUCGCUGGACGUCCGAAGAAGUCAGAUGUCAUUGGAGUUCUCACAAAACGAUGUGGGAUGACCAAAGAAGUGGCUCAGCAGGUGGCGCAGCAGAUCAGAGGCGAAAGCCUACCGCAAACGAUGACUGAGAUUCACGGUCACCCACCAGUUCCUUCAGAUGUAAAAAAUACAGGCCCGCAACAGGGACAUGAAGGUCGACCGCGUAACGUGGUGCUCUGGGGGGAGAGUGGAGUGGGCAAAAGCUCACUCAUAAACCUCAUUAUGGGCCGCGACGUAGCGGAAACAUCUCCUGACGCCCUGUCAUGUACUAUUACACAUGCUGCAUAUGAUGUGACGAUCAGCGGGCAAUGUUUCAGGCUGUGGGAUACGGCAGGGUUAAACGAGGGCUCCGAGGGCAAAGUUCCUGCGGCUGCGGCUGCCAGGAAGUUGGCUCUAUUCCUCAGUGGCCUGAACAGGGGAGACGGUGUCCAUCUCCUUGUGUAUUGCGUGCGCGGAACGCGAGCCACAAAGGCUCUGCGAACCAAUUACCAAAACUUCUCAUCCGCCAUCGGUGACAGCAAAGUGCCCAUUGUUAUCGUGGCGACCUGCCUGGAAGACUGGCGUCCAGUGAUGACAGAGUGGUGGAAUCAGAACAAGGACCAGCUUGCGAAAUAUGGCAUGCAUUUCCCUGGAUAUGCUUGUGUCACAACUCUGCCUGGUGGACGCGCGGAAUCCCAGGAUUUACGACAACGUCGUGCACAGUCUUAUGAAGACGUUUGCAAACUUAUUCUGGACUAUUGUUCGCAGGUCCCUCACAAAACAUAGGGCACUGCAGCUAUAAACAAGAUGACGAUAUAUCGUAGUUCCUCACAAUUUCACUCAGAAAUUGGCUUUUUUGUGGGAAGAUCAGGGGCAUCAUGCAUGUGGGUACUGUACGUAGAGAUAUGCACUUACUUCGACGUAAUCUGCGUAUGACAACUUGAAACUGAACCUUGACUUCACAGACAGAUGUGACCUGUGACACCUCAGAAUCAUUUGGUGGCCGUUGUCCAGUGCUAAUGCUGUUGAAGUCGCCAAUGGAGGAGAUUCUUCACCAUGCCAGCAAGUGUAGACGCAGUGCACAUUGAAUCCUCAGUACAAAAACAUUUUAUUGUGAUGGACCCGUUUCAAACUUUAAAUUCUUU